ACACGCUGCGGAAAUCUUCAAAGGCGAAGUUACAAGUCUUGAAAAUCAACGAUGACGCCUUUAUCUGCUCUCAUCCUCCUCCUCUGCAGCGCUGGAGCCCUCUGCGCGCUAGCACAAGACUCAAACAACUUCAUCGACGCGGUGCUCAGCAAUCGACUGCCUACUGAAGUUCGAAACCGCAAUCUCGAUCCGGCACAGGUGGCCAAUUUCGAGGUCAAGGUCAAAAAAUCAUUUGUCACGAACCGAGACCUCAAGGCUGACUUUACUUCCGGCAUCGUUUACGGCCUGUCGCAAGUCAGACGUCGAGGUGACUGUGGUGCACCCGCUUGGGAAGCGACGAACACGACGUUCGGUUGCCACGUGUCUCUCGACGGUGUUCGAGUCUCCUAUAAGGUCAAGGCAAAGGGUCACAAAGUCAUUGGAUCAACGAGCUACAGCGUCGAUAUGUUCGUUGAGAACACGAACUUCUUCGUCCAGGUCACAAGCGCCCGAUCGGUUCCUGCCACCUUGAAGGCCAUCAGCCUGAAUUCACUGGAGCUCAAGAUAAGCGAAAGUACCAAGCUCGGCCUGAACAAAGGACGCAGUAAGAAGUACCACGAGGCGAUCAGGACCCACGUCCAGGACCAACUGGUGGCCCUACUGUACGGAAGUUUCCGAGACGCGCUGAACAAUGCCCUUGCUACCGUCACUGCGCCAUUCCCCUGAUUGUCAGUUAUGCGAAAAAUAUGCCCCACGACUUGCAAAUUUGCCUUUUCGGAGUCACUGCACAGGUUCUAAAAGAUUGUGGAUUAAGCAUGGAAUAACGUGUAUAGAACCUUGAAAUAAACUGGUGGGGAAAUGCA